AUGGCAUUCAGAGCAACCCAAUCCCGCACAUUCUUCCGCACAUUGAGAAACCUCAUUCGCGAAGAACAUCCUUUCGCCCGCAACACUUCCACUCUACUCCCACACGCCCACGACAACUCUGUCCUUCUACGACGCACAUUCCGCACUGCAGCUGCUUUUGUACCUUUCUAUGUUACUGUGCUAGGCUGGCCCUGGAUGGCAGCUUCCGUGCUCAAGAAGACUGGCAUUUGA